AACAGAGCGAGGAGCGAGCAAACCGCGCAUGCGCAGAUUGCCGUUGAAGCGGACAGGAGGCGAUCCAGUCAGUAGCGCUUCCAUCGCGGAGAGAGCAGAUUGAACGGGUUGAGGCGUCGCUUUUCAGUUUCACAUCCAUCAUCAGUACCACAACCCCCGGACCACUGGGGAACAAGCGUUUCAUUCUCCUGCUCUUUUACAAAUUCUCCCCCAAAAACAUGUCUGUGGGUAGUGACUUUGGGAACCCUUUAAGGAAAUUCAAACUGGUCUUUCUGGGGGAGCAAAGCGUUGGCAAGACGUCUCUGAUCACGAGGUUCAUGUAUGACAGCUUUGACAACACCUAUCAGGCCACAAUCGGAAUAGACUUCCUAUCAAAAACGAUGUACUUGGAAGACCGAACGGUGUGUCUCUCUGAUCCCCAGGUGAGGUUGCAGCUGUGGGACACGGCAGGACAGGAGCGCUUCAGGAGCCUCAUACCCUCCUACAUACGAGAUUCUACUGUGGCUGUGGUGGUUUAUGAUAUUACAAAUGUGAACUCCUUCCAGCAAACGUCCAAAUGGAUCGACGACGUCAGAACAGAGAGAGGAAGUGAUGUCAUUAUCAUGCUGGUCGGCAACAAAACAGACUUGGGAGAUAAGAGGCAGAUCACCAUAGAGGAAGGAGAACAGCGGGCCAAGGAGCUCAGCGUCAUGUUUAUUGAGACCAGCGCCAAGACAGGCUACAACGUCAAACAGCUGUUUCGGCGUGUGGCAGCUGCCCUUCCUGGGAUGGAGAGCAUGCAGGAGACAAGCAAGGAGGGAAUGAUUGACAUCAAGCUGGACAAACCACAGGAGCCUCCAACCACUGAAGGCGGGUGCUCCUGUUAAUCCCAACGCCUGAUUGGUGCAUCUUCAUCUCCACCACAUGCUUGUUGUGUUGGUUCACCUCCAGUAGAGCUUUCAGAUUGGAAUUGAUCUUAAUACUGGUCAUCAGUUGGAAACUAGCGUUACAUACAUUUCAGUUGUAAAAUAGUGUACUUUAUUAAAAGGAAUUGCCAAAAAGUCUUAAAUUUACAAAAUGAUCAACAACAAAAAAAUGAAGCCCUCUCAAACAUGUGAACUAUAAUUUUUUUUUUUUGAAAAAGUAGAAUUGUAGGUAAUUAUUUUUUUUUCUUUUAUAUUUUUGUAUAUUAAAAGAAAUGCUUUGAAAAGUUGCAGAUGACCAAGUUCUCCCCUUGUAUGUAUCCCCAAUGGCAACCUAUUCCCUACAUAGUGCACUACUUUAGAUCAGGACCCUAUGGCACCCUAUUCCCUAUGUAGUGCACUACUUUUAGACCAUAGCCCUAUGGCAACCUAUUCCCUAUUGUAGUGCA